AUGUGUCGGUCAGGGCAGGAAUGGUCAAGCUUUUCAUCCUCCCCCCAAACAAAUUUCACACUAGGAGAUGGUGGAUAUUGUGAAAGAUAUGAGGAACAUAUUAAGCCUGAGUCUGAUAGGGUGGGAGUAUUUGUGGAGGUUAUCACUGCUGGAAGAGAGAGGUACCAGCUGCAGCUCCAAGAUGUGAAGAAACCAUCUCUCUUGUCUUUGCCUGUUGACCAUCACAAUCCCCCAGACCCACCCAUAUCUGGGCCCAGCAAGCCUUCAAGUGGAACUAAACACACUUCAGAUGAAAUUGAAGGGGAGGAGCCUGUCAGAAAGCGCCUGAGAUCAACAUGCACCCAUAGCAGGCGAAAAAAAGCAAGAAGCUGCAAGUGGUAUAACAAAGGGAAGCUACAAAGUUUGACAAUUCCAGGAGAACUUGAUAGGGGUAAUGACUUGGAGACAACAGAAGUACCUGAUAUAUUAUCUGAUGAACUUAGACCUAUGGAUGAAGACCCAGAAGACGUGUUGGAUGACUACUAUAAUCAUCUCUAUGACUUUAUUCCCACAGAAUCUGAGGAGAAUAUGGCUGGACCCUCAAAGCUUCUUGGUGAAAAUGAUGAGGAGUGUAUUAAGGUACCCCACCCUACUGCAUGA